AUGUCCGACAUUGACCAGGACCCAAACCGGGUGGCCAUUGCGUUCAUCGAGUACUACUACAACCUGGUGCACUCGGGGACCGAGAACCUGUACCAGGUGUACGCGAAGGGGGCGACGUUGCGCCACGCAGACUUCCGGGACCCCGUUGGAGGGGAGGCUAUAGGUGUUGAAGGAGGAGAGCAGAUCCGCGAGUACUGGGGACGGUCGGCGCUGGCGGGGGCGAAAGUGAUGAUCCAGACGAUCGAGGCGACCAAGUCGUUUCAGGAGUCGAUCUUGAUUGUUUGUGUUGGCGAGCUUGUUCCUGGGCCGGUCCACGACACAGAGCCUGUUGCGUUCCGGUUUUCGCACACGUUUUUGCUUGUACCGACGGUGAAGCGGAGCGUUUACGACGUGUACAGCGACGUGCUUGCGUUUGUGCCGGACGUGGACGCUGUUUACGAGGAGCCGGAGCCGGAGACAGUGGAGUCGCCUGAGAGCGUGGAGAAGGAGGUGUUUUCCGUGGAGAGCAAGGACACCACGCCCGAGACGGGGCUGGGCGACGAGGACGAGUACGAGUCGUCGAAGCCGAUGAGCUGGGCGGACCAGAUCGCGUUUGCGGCGGCCAAGGCCAAGGCAGACAAGCCGGAGAAGAAGGUGAAGGAGAAGAAGGAGGAGAAGAAGGAGGAGACCAAGGAGGAGAUCAAAGAGGAGCCCAAGAAGCACAAGAGUCAGAUGGUGAACAAGAAGGGCCAGGUGGUGUACCCGAUCUACGUGAAGGGAGUGACCGGCAGCAUCAGCGAGGAGGAGCUGCAACAGAAGCUGGAGCAGAGCUUUGGACACGUUGAUCUGUGCAAGAUCGACCGGAUGAUUGCUCUGGUGAACUUCACGGAGCAGGGGUCGCAGAAAAAGGCGAUCAAGACGGGCACGAUCAGCGUGAAGGGCGUGGACAUCAAGCUGGAGCCGCGGGCGAAAAAAGACCUGGCUCCGGCCGCUACAAAGAAGAAGAAGAAGGCCAAGAACGGCCCGAACGGUCCCAACGGCUCGAACGGCUCGAGCGACGACGGGUUCCGCAAGGUGGGCAAGUAG